AUGCUUCCCUACAUCGACACAGCCACGUUUUUGCUCGGUGACGGUUGCCAGUCCCUCGCUUACAAUUACCAUUUCGAUCUAAAGAUAAGCGAUGAACGCAUAAUAAUUAAAAUUGUUAAAGCCAAGCUGCAGCCAUAUCGUACCACAAAUGGGUCGGCUCGUCCGUGGGAGGGGCACGCUCUCACAGAAUACCAAUGUAAAAUACGAGCUCGUAGCAGCUUUAAUGCUGCUGUGUUUCGUAUGCUGGAUCGCCUACCGCCAUUGCAAAAAUUAAACUUAUAA